AGGAUUCUCCGUGAAGGGAGAAGAGUUUAUUCCGUCGAAGGGAGAGUGGCAAAGAUUGGAAUGGCCGGGAGCAAGGGAACAAGAGGUGGGUAGAUGCUCAACAUCGGCGAGCGGACCAACGACCGAACAAACGCGCCUUUCCUCAGUCUUUCACGUCCCGAGGACCGGUUACCAUCGCCGCUGUCGUACGUUCCGUUCCGCGUUAAACACCGUUCGACGCACGUCAACCCGUUCACCAGCACCGUAAAACCAACGAGCGUCGAGGAUGACGUUGGUUCGCCAAACCACGCGAUCCUAGCUUCAGCUAAUCGGCUGGCGCGAACAAUCGUUUUACCAAGGAACGCGAGGAUAAAGGGGCAGGAAGAGGAGGACCAUGCGGUUGCACGACAGCUUCUGCGUACUCGGAUGCGUCGCGUUCCUCUUGUCGCUCGCUGAGAGCGCGCGAGACACCAGAGGCGAUCAGGGGGGCGGCAAGGUGUCGAAAAGAGCGAAGCCCCUGAACCCGGACGAGGAGGACCACGACAACGACGACUACUACUACGAGGACGUGGAUGAAAGAAACAAUCCGACCAACGAGGCACCGGCCGUGCCGCCUGGAUUCCUCAGUCCCUCUGUGCGGGAGUACCUCGAUCUCGGUAAAUCGAUACCUGGUCGACCAGGAACGGACUACCCGGUGCUGGGCAAGGUGCCUUACACGAACUUCUACUGCGACGACCAGCCCUACCCGGGUUUCUUCGCGGACGUGGAGACGAGAUGCCAGGCCUGGCACUAUUGCGACAUAGACGGUCGACAGGCGACGUUUCUAUGCCCGAAUGGGACGCAGUUCAGCCAAGCGGUGUUCGUCUGCGACUGGUGGUUCAACGUGAGGUGCGAGCUCAGUCCUAAGCUGUACGCCAUUAAUAGCAGGCUUUACGGACGACCCACCGAGAGCCCGACGAGACCGCACCGUCUGAUCACCAAGGAGCUGCUGGAGAAUAUUUUCGUGAGGCGAAAAUGAGCGGAUACGGCCGCGUUGAUACUCUUCCUAAGCAAUCGAGCGGUCAGCUCGAUCUCGUAGAAACUAGAUCACGACGCAGGCUGGACAAGC